AAGCGAACCUAAAAAAGAACCAAUCAUCUGUCGACCUGAAGAGCUGCUGCUAUCCAGCGCGAGACAUUUUUCGCGCCCUUCUAAUGUCGUCAGUGCGCAUCAUCAGUGCGCAUAGAAGAAAAGCCGUUAAGAAAGCGACAUACUGACCAAAAGCUGCAUUUCAGGAAGGUCUGUGCUCCGGAUAUGGAUGACGUCGACGCCAUAUUGGAAAGUCUGGAGGAGUUGGAUGACUUCUCUGAUUCUGGAAGUGACUAUGAGGCCAUGAUGAAAUCUACGAAGAGGAGAAAACCGGCCGUGCCUGGUCCUCAGCCACCCAAGAGACCCAGGCGGAAAGCUGCAUCGAGGGUGUCGUCCAGCCCCUCUCCUCCAAACCCCUCCCUACUGCAGCAACAGCACUCCCGGGGGACAUCCAGGCGGGCCUCUCCUAGACCUGUGGGGAGAGUGAACGAGGAGAACAUCAGUGCAGAGGAUAUCUAUGAUGCUGUCUACUCUGGAAAAAGUGCCAUGGUGACGGUGGUAGACGAGUGGCUGGACAGCUACAAGCAAAGCAGAGAGGAGGGGCUGCUGGUGCUCAUCAACUUCAUUGUUCGCUCCUGCGGAUGCAAAGGCGUGGUUAGCAGAGAGAUGUUCGACAGCAUGCAGAAUGCCGAGAUAAUCGGCACACUAACCAAAGAGUUCAACGAGGAUUCAGUGAACUAUCCUCUGUGCACUCCAGGACCCCAAUUGAAGCGUUUCAAAAACGGCCUGUGUGAGUUUGCUCGUGUUUUGGUGCGUUCCUGUCGGAAUAGCCUCAUAUACAAUGAGCAUCUCUUCCCCGCCCUGCUGGCUCUGCUCACUGGCCUGUCUGACUCUCAGGUCAGGGCCUUCAGGCACACCAGUACCCUGCUUGCCAUAAAGCUGAUGACUGGGCUGGUGGAAGUGGCUGUGAUAGUGUCCGUGCAGCUGCAGACCACCCAGCGGCGAUACGACACAGAGAACAGCAAGAGGGCGCAUGACAGAGCCUCUGACAGGCUGGAGGAGCUGAAGGCGUCCAUCAGUGAGAUGCGCGAGAAUCAAGAGGAGGUUUCCUCCAUGAUGAACGCCACGUUCCGCGGAGUGUUUGUGCACCGUUAUCGAGACCGACUGCCUGAGAUCCGGGCGGCUUGUAUCGAGGAGUUGGGCGUGUGGCUGAAAACAGAUCCUGAAGACUUCCUGAAUGAUGGAUGUCUUAAAUACCUGGGAUGGACCCUGCAUGACAAACAAAGUCCAGUGCGUCUGCAGUGUGUGCGAGCCCUGCAGGGUCUGUACCAGGAGAAGGAAUUCAUUGGCCGCCUGGAGCUUUUCACCAGCAGAUUUAAAGAGAGGAUGCUCAGCAUGGUGUUGGACAAGGAUGUUGUGAUCAAUCUGUUGCUGCUGAUCCAUCAGACAACAGAAGAAGGUCUGGCAGAAGAAGAGUGUGGCCGCAUUUACCCCCUGGUUUAUGCCUCAAACAGAGGGCUGGCUUCUGCAGCCGGUGUCUUUCUCUACAACAAGCUGAAAAGUGUGAUCUCUAGUGACAACCAGGAGAGUGAGAAAAGUGACUCAGCAGCCUUCUUUCAAAUCCUCAUCUCCUUCUACAUCCAGAGCGAGUUCCAUGAGCACGGUGCGUACCUGGUGGACAGUCUGUGGUCUGUGGCAGGAUCAGUGCUCAGAGACUGGGAGACCAUGACGAUGCUGCUGCUCACGGAGUCUGGUCUGAUGUACGAGGAGGAGGGGACUCUCAUAGAGCUGAUGAUGUGUGCCAUUAGACAGGCAGCACAGGGGACCCCGCCUGUUGGGAGAACACAAGGCAAAAAGAUCCUCAGUAUGAAGGACAAGAAGGUCCAGGAGCAGGACAGGAGACGAAUCACCACACACUUCAUCCCCUUACUGCCACAGCUGCUGGCCAAGUACUCGGCAGAUGCAUCGAAGGUGACCCUCCUUCUUGGAGCUCCUCUCCACUUCGACCUUGAGAUGUACAGCAGCGCUCCCACACUGGAGAAGCAUCUGGACUCGCUGCUGGGUCAGACAUGCAGCAUCGUGGAGAAACACACGGAGCUUACCGUGCUGGAGGCGUGUGCACACCUCGCCAGCGCCCUUUGCUCCGACUGCUACACCUUUUUCCGGGCACACCUGGCAUUCAGCCAGCUGCUGGAUGCCCUGACGGAGUGUUUCAGUUCUUACUUAAAUGACCUACUGCAGGGAACCGCAGAUGAUGAUGACAUCUACAGCGCUGCCACUGCCUUAAAAAGGGUUGCAGCCCUCAGCAGUGCCAAGGACGUGACGGGCUGGAAGCUGUUCAACUCGUGUCUCCAGCUUCUGAAGAACAGGAUGGAGUCCGGAGAGCUUGACAAGGAGCUCAUGGUGUCGGCUCUGAAGUGUGCAGCCUUUCACCUGAUGUGGGCUGAAGUAAACGCAGUCAACUCCACGCCAUCCGAGGCAGAUUUGAAGCUUCUGAAGAAAGAGGUGCAUUCCUUCUGCAGAGUCUGUCAGGCCUGUCUGUCUGUGAACGAGGCGGAGAUGAGAGAUCAGGCGUUCGAGCUGCUCUGUGACUUGCUGCUCUUGUACAGCACGAGUUCAGCUCGCUCUGAACCCGCACUCCAAGCUUUGGUCCACCUGCCGUCCGACUCCCUGCGCUCGGAGAUGGCUGCUUUCCUCCUGGACUACGUCUUCUCCGACUCAGAGGAUUCUGCGCUAAAUGACGAGGGUGACGAGGAGAUGAGGAUCACUCUUCUCCAGAGGAAGCGCAACCAGCUGGCAGGCUACUGUAAACUGGUCGUCUACGGCGUGCUGGACCUCAGCGCGGCCACCGAUGUCUUCAAGCACUACAGCAAGUACUUCAAAGACUUUGGAGACAUCAUUAAAGAGACUGUGAGCAAGAGCAAACUCAUCAGUCCCAUCAUGAGCGCCAAGACCGUCUGCCUGAGUCUGCAGCAGCUGUUCUCCGAGAUGCUGACGGAGGACUACAGCAGGAGGGAUCUCGGCGAGAUUAGAGACUUGGCCAAGAGGCUCGCCAUGAGCUUUGGCAUCGAUCUUCAUCGUGUCCGCAAACCACUGGUGGCCCUGCACAUGGAUGGCAUACGUUUUGCAUUUCAAGACCCGCAGGAUGUGGAAGAGCAGCACCCGAAUGUGACCUUCUUGGAAAUUCUCAGCGAGUUUAGUUUCAAGUUGCUGCAGCAGGACCGCGCCCAGCUGGUUGGGAUUCUUCAAUCUGAGUGUCCCGAUGCUGCCCUCUCCUGGACGUCAGUCAAAAUGUAUCAGCGUUCCUUGGAGGGCCGCUCCUCUAAAGCUGUAGAGCAGGAGGAGGAAGGCGAGGCUGCGUCUUCACUCGAUACUCCUGCCACUAAACGCAGGAGGAUUGCUCCUCAGGGUUCUGUGUCCAGCACAGUCAGAGGAUCCUGGUUGGACAGCAGCCUGCCCCCCCCCAUCCUCACCUCCACCGCCCAGAGACAACCAGCGAAGCAGCCCGCCUCCAGGAAGCCCAGAGCCGCCGAGCCCGACAUCAGCAGCGGCUUAACUGAGCCCGAGUCUGAGGAUGAGUUCUCUUCAGGGUCUCACAUGCUGAAGGUGAAGCCCACAAAAGGACGCCAGCUCUCCUCCAGCCAGACUGGCCCCUCUGUAGAUCACCAAGACCUGGACUCGCACCUCACAUUACUCUCUCUAAUCGAGGAUGAAGAACAAGCCGAGAUCGAAGGUUAUGAAAGUGACUCUGACCAGGAGUCUGGAUACACGCCGCCCUCAACAAGUCACACCCCGGCCAGCGUCCUGGAUGAGCUCUUUGACUGAGGACACCAGAGACCUGGACCCACAGUUCUUUUUUACAACUCCGUCUCUACAAGAUCACUGCGUCUUCGGUGGUGUCACUACGUUUG